CCCCCGCACGGCCUGCACGGCCUUCACGGCCUCGAGCAGAGCGGCCACCGCCUCACACGGCAAAGAGUCAAGCCGAAUCCGGCACAUGGACCCCGCUACCUACAACGGUGCCGACCGGGGCGCCUACCGCUGGAGCCAGACGCACUCCGACCUGGACGUACAGGUGGUGGUCCCGGCGGACGCGGUGUCCUGCGAGGACCUCGUGGUGCUCAUCAAGGCCGACUCGCUGCUGGUGAAGUACGGCGCGCGCGUCCUGGUGGACGGGAAGCUGACCCACGCCGUCAAGGACAAGGAGAGCUUCUGGACGCUGCUGCCGCGCCAGCACGUCCACGUCCAGCUGGAGAAGGCGCGACCCCGCUGGUGGAGCGGCCUGCUGGAGGGCGAGCCGGCGGCGGACGUCCCGGCCAGGGAGCUGCCCUUGGAGGAGCUGCCCAGCGAGGAGGCCAUGCUGGUGGAGCGGCUGCGCUGGCAAGACCUGCAGAAACGGCAGCGGGACGGCCGGCCGCAGGACCCGCAGGCGCCGGCUUGA